CUUCAGCCUCAUCCUAACGUCGCCUUGCCCAGAAAUCGCCCAGAGCUGUCUCCAAGAUCGGAUUGGGAUGCCCAGGGACGACAAGAGCGCCCCAUCGGCUGCACCUUACCUCCUCCCGGAUGAUCAGCACACGUUUCACGCCCCACCACAUGAGCCGCAUCCGGAUCUGCACAUGUGCAGUGACGACCUCCCUCGUCCCCUGCGCGCCCCACACGGCUGUGCCAUGUAUCACGACCUGCCAGACUGGCUGACUGGCAGUUGGGCGCGUAAGGCUCGGGUCGACGGCUCGUACGACUGCCUUGUCCAACCACCUGCCGGCUUCAUCUGAUUCUCGUGCACAUUUCCUGAGCAGAUGGCACGUCCCACUAUCGUCAAACCCGUUUGGACUAGAUUGCGCACAUGGUCAUGAGGCGGGGAAACUGAUCUUUGGAUGUGUCGGCGUGGCCUCCCGUACCCAGGCAGUCAGGAGGAUGGCCGAUGCGAUGAGGCGAGGGCGAAUGAGGUUUCAUGCGCCGUCUAGUCUUCAGAUGCCCCAAGCCUCACAGAACAAGACCUCAUCAGGCCGACGAACAGAAACUAUAAAGAUGGCACUACUCCUCCGCUAUCCAUCAUCAAUUCCCUUCUCUCCAUCAUCAGCAGCAUCAGCAUCAGUCUUCAGUCUUCAGCUCUUUUCUCUUCACUUCCCUGCCAGGUUUGCAGAACAGCUUACGAUUGAUUCGUAACUCCAUUCAAUAAUCUCAGAUUAAUUAUCUUAUCCUCAUCAUCUCCCACCAGUUCACCACCAUCCCAACAUCAGCCAAAAUGUUCUCCAAGAUCUUCCUCAUCGCCCUCGCCGCCUCCCCUCUGGUCGCCGCCCAUGGCAAGAUCGCAGUCGCGACUGGUGAUGCCGGUGGCAACUCCACUGCUCUGGGUAUCCAGGGUGGUGUGAUCCCCGGCCCUGGCAAGAACAAGGUCACCGAGCCUGAUACCACCGUCUUCAAGGGUGACCAGGCUGACUCUUGUGGACGAACCAACGGCCAAGGAGACAACGACAUUGAGGCCGGCACCCAGGCCGCCAUGGCCCUCUCCGGCAACACCCUCGCCCAGGUCACCCCCGGUGGCUCCGUCUCCGGCACCCUGCACAUCGUCACCUCCGACGGCGCCGGCCCCUACAAGGCCAUGCUCAACACCGACGGCACCGGCCAGAGCUGGACGCAGAUGGAGGUCGAGACCCAGGUUCCCGGCACCAAGGGCAAGAUCCAGAAGUCCGAGAAGCGCGCCUGGGCCCGCGCCCUGCAGGCCGUCGGCAUCAUGAAGCGUGCCACCAACAUCAACGAGGACUACCCCUUCAAGGUCAACAUGCCCGCUGGCGCCACCUGCACCGGCAACAUCGCUGGCCAGGCCAACACCUGCCUCGUCAAGCUCGUCAACCCCAGCAACGCCGGCCCCUUCGGUGGCUGCAUCCCCGUCCAGAUGGUCAUGCCUGGCGCCGCUGCUGCAGCCCCCGCCCCCGCGGCUGGUGCUGCCACCGCCCGCCGCAUGGCUCGCAGCUUUGCCGCCUAAGUUGUUGGAGAAGAGGAUCGGGUAUAAAUCUUGAGAUUGGCUCUCUGUAAUGAGAUAUCCAUCCGAAUGCGAAUCGUGACUGGGAAGAGCGGGAGAAAAGGGGGACUGUAUCUAGCUGAUGGCAACGAGGGACAUGGCCCGGUUUGGUGCGCGCGGAUAGCACAAACGUCCUGUGCACUGUACAUUCAUUUAGAGGCGUUGGGAUUGAAUUUGGUAGAUCAUAGGUUUGAUCCCAAUGUCAGGGUCAUAAUAAAUCACUACUUUCUUUAA